AUGGCUUCCGCAGACCAAGCACCAUCCAUGGAGGAGCUACUCAACGGGCCUGCGUUGGAGCCACCGCCGAAUGUAAUACCUGACUUUUCCAACCCAGGGGGUAGUCACGCCGUCGGAUACGGCCUUGUCCUAGUGGGGUCCAUCGUUUCCACCAUUGCCAUCAUGAUACGCUUAGGAUCAAGAUUCCUUCUGAGGAAGAUAGGUUUAGACGAUGCCUUUAUGAUCUCGGCAUUCGUAAGUGAUCCUGAAAUGAUGCUACCGGGUCACGGAAAUAAACUGACGACGAAGGGUCUUUUUGCGGGAUAUCAAUACGUCAUCUACAAGCACUCGAUAUUCCCCGGGAUAGGGGUUCAUCAAUGGAAUCUUCAGCUCAAGUUUCUUCCUGAUUUUCUAUAUGAUGUCCAUAUUGCGUCCAUUUUCUACGGCCUCGGUGUCAUGUGCCUUAAAGUCGCUAUUCUGAUCGAUUGGCUGCACAUAUUCGUUCCCCAAGGCCGCGGCAACGCAAUGUUUUGGACCCUGCACAUAUUGAUCUGGUGCAAUAUUAUAUUCUAUCUGGCUGGGAACUUCGCUGAGAUCUUCCGUUGCAAUCCGCGGGAGAAGAUCUGGAACGUAUUUUACGAAGGUGGUAGCUGUCCUGUUAACAUAGCAGCCCAGAAUUUCUCAGCUGGAAUACUUAACUUGAUCUCCGACGUCAUCAUCCUCGCCCUACCGCAAUGGAUCAUCUGGCGUCUCAACAUGUCAAGAGCUAGGAAGCUGGGUAUAUCAUUGCUAUUCGUAAUCGGAAUUUUUAUCUGUGUCUGCGCGACAGCUAGUAUCGUUUGGCUCGACCGAAUGCUUAACUCGUCGGAUAUACUCUACUGCAUGUCAAUCCGCAGCAUUUGGGGGAUUGGUGAAUGGGCUGGGGGGUUUCUGAUCUUGGGAAUCCCUUCUGCCCCUAAAGUCUUCCAGAAGCUACCCUUCUCUGACUCAGUGCUGAACCUGAUCAGGUCGUUGACGGAGCAUAGUGCGUCGAGUAACGUCGGUGGUGUAAUACCUCGGACGUGGGGUAAGCCACUAUCGCGAAAGCGUCGUCGCGGGCUUUGGGAGAUCACUGAACUAGAGACUAACGACACGGUGCCCAUGAAGAGUAUCAACGGCAAUGAUAAUCACCCACCGAAUGAGACUAGUAGCGACAUUUGCAUAAAUCUAACGGUUAACGGAGACGGAAGACAGCUUGGAGAGCGCGGAAACGUAAUUGUAUAA